CUCUGAUCGACAACUGAUUUAACAACAUGCGAAAGCAACUUGGUUUUCGCCAUUACUUUGCCAUCGGAACCGUGGUAACCGCUCUAGUUCUUACGAUUUCUUUUUUAAAUGAGCGUAUACCAACGUCGAGAGGUUUUCUCUCAGAAAACUGGGAGUCUGACGAUGUUCCCUCUAAAAGUUAUAAGCGACAACGAAAGGGCUUGUUAAUCAUAGGAAGAGGUCGAUCAGGCACGAGUUUCCUGUCGAAGAUGUUUGGGAGCGGAAAAAGAAUUUUCGAAGUUUAUGAACCUUUACGAUUUCGCAACCUCACAAACAUUGCAAAGAUAGAAGUUCUGAAAGCAUUUCUCUCCUGCAACUUCGCUUCAAGUCCUCUAUGGCAAAAAGACUAUUUUCCACCUUUCUGGUACUUGAAACAGAAGUAUUAUUUCGUUACUCCAAGUCAACACCUGGCGUGCCUAAAAUACAGAAGUGGAAGUACACGCUGUUUCCCUGCGGAGCAGAUGUUUACAAAAUUUAUCGAUAAGUGCAGAUACAGCUAUGACAGCACUGUGCUUAAGGAGCUUACUGAACGGUUACCAGACACCAGUUUGUCAAGUCUAAUACCGGAAAUUAUUGACCGCUCAUUAAGUACAGAUAUCAGACUACUGCACGUUGUGCGUGAUCCUAGAGGAAGUAUUAACUCGAGGAUUAAACUUAAGUGGAUGCCAGAUUACGAACAUCCACAAUUUAAGGAAAAGGUUCAAGACUACUGUAAUGGGAUUCUCCAAAACAUCGAGUUUGGUUUACAACUUAACGAAUCUCUCCAACAGAGAUAUAAACUUAUCUUCUACAAGGAUAUAGCCACCCGGCCGGUUGAAUCGGCGAGAGAAGUCUUCAAGUUCGCGGGAUUAAGGUUAUCAGACAAAACAUUAAGCUGGAUCGAAAACAGGACAAGUCCAAGUAAAAUGGAUUCGAGAAGGCAGUUUAAGAAUCCGUACUCGCUAGUAAGGGAUUCUAAGGCGAAUAUCGAAAAAUGGCGGAGAGAGUCGCCACCGGAACGAACUCUGAUUAUAGAGAGAAUUUGUAAACCGUUGAUUGAACUUAUGGAGAAAAUCAGUAUCGAAAGAGAAUAUUUUUUGAUAUAGAUAUCUUAAGGAAGCGCAAAAUGGUUUUGUUAUUUUGUUAGAAGAUAUUUCUUACACUUUUAGUACAGUGGUACUUUCUAUAUUCCUUUUCUAUUACACAACUUGCUGCCUUGGGAACUAGCUCAGAUCUGAGUGAGAAUGCUGGUCACCAGCUUAUAAAGGUGACACUUACUAAGCUGUCAAUCUUCAUGCAUCUUCAUCAUUUCUCACUUAGCCAGCGAAUCACGUUAAGUUACGAGAAAUAGUUCCCGCAUGCUAAGUACGUACCUUCGAGAUGUUUACGCUUUACAAAAUCUUUUUCUACCUUAAAUUUCUUACUCUUGCGGUCAAGGUUGGGCAAAAAAAGAACGAGAUUAUGGUAAUAUGAAAAUUAUAAUGAACUUAUUGACAGAAUUAGAAUCAUACUUGAAAAGA